AAAAAAAUACAAAAAUGAAAACAUUCAAGAUUAUUUGAUAUUUUGAGAAGAAAUUAGACAGCAAUGAAAAUUAGAUUUUAAAACAUUAAAGUAAAAUUUUCAGUUCUGAAAUGAUAAAAAUCUUCCACUUCAUCACUGAGCUACAUCUACAUUCAGCUCAUGACUGGCAGCUGGGGGCGGGCCUUAGCUGCUGGCUCUGCCCUCUGAUUGGCUGCUGAGCUCAGAGAAAAUGCGCAUUGAGAGAGAGAGAAGAGGAAGAGGAGGAGGAGGGCAAACAGUCCUUAACAUUUCAGUCUGAGGAAGAGGAGGAGGACUGAGAUCACCUGAAGAAGACGAGGGAUUCUCCUGCAGGAGGAAGAGGAGGAGAUCAACAGCUGCAGAAGAGGAGAAGGGAUUGUGUCAGAUUCAGGGCAGAUCAGGAGAAACUUUCCUCCUCUCUCCCCACCUUCAUCCUCCCACCUCUCCCUCACUCUCUCUCUGUCUGACUGUGUGGGCGUGCUCGCUCGCCCCAGCCUCCCUUUCUCUCCUCCCCUUCAUCGUCCUCUGGGUUUUGGCUGAUGAGUCUCCAUCGUCACACAUUUAUUUGCAGUCCAGGGAUUCUCCUCGCCGCCGUUCCGAGUCGGGAUGCGUUUGUCUGGGAGAUCAAGGCGUCGCAUCGCCGUGGUAACCGCCUGACCGGACCGCGCGGAGUCUGGGAUUGUUUAACGAGACGGGAGGAAGAGGAGGAAGAGGAGGAAGAGGAGGAAAGUCUGGACAAACCUUUAAAUACGUCAUCGAUCAGAAGAAACGAUCUCUGCGCCAAAUAAACCCAGAAAUCAAACGUCUGACUCUAAAACAGAAAUCUGAUUCAUUUCUGUUUCAAUUCUGAAAUUACUGGAAUUAAAACCAUCAAAAUAUUUUUAAUCUCGUUGAAGAAACAAAAACAGUUUGUUCAGAAACCACAAGUUUGAUCUGAAGGAAGGAGUUUCCUCCAGAACGGAUCUGGAAGCUGCUGGACGAACCCAGAACUCCGACUGGAUCUGCUGGAGGGACCGGAUCCAUCAGAACCAGAACCUCUAACGGCUCCGUCCAGACUGUAUUUACACACCAUUCGGAUCAGAACCGCUUCGCCUCCAGUCGGACCCUAGUCGACCCGGCUUCGCCAUGAUCGGAGUCAACAGCAUCCACUCCUCGGGUCGGAACCGUUCGCGCUCGCUUUGCUCGGUCCGAAGCGGCGCCAGCCGGGACUCCAGGGAGUCGGACUUCCGGUAUCCGCGGGCGCCACGGUCCCGGUCCUUGAAGCCGCUGGCGUUCCCGGACCUGUUGGGCAAGAGCCAGGAUCGGCAGCAGCACCCACAGAACCGCAAGAAGAAGACGCUGUACAGCUCCAUCAGGAACGAGAAGCUGCAGUGGACCAUUGAUGAAGAGGAGCUGAGGAAGUCUGAGACAGAGCUGGCCGACGCCCGCACCGACUCCGCCUCCCAGACCAUGCGGCGCGUCGCCGGAGGCAACCCGCUGGUGGGCGUGGCCCAGCAGGCUGAUGGCGAACUCUACAAGAGCGGCUUCCUGGUGAGGAAGGUCCACGCCGACCCGGAUGGGAAGAGAACUCCUCGGGGGAAGAGAGGCUGGAAAACCUUCUACGCCAUGCUGAAGGGUCUGGUCCUCUACCUGCAGAAGGACGAGUACCGGACGGAGCGAGAGCCGACGGAGGACGACGUGAAGAACGCCGUGUCCGUCCACCACGCUCUGGCCAUGAGGGCCGCCGACUACCACAAGAGACCCAACGUCUUCUACCUGAGGACGGCCGACUGGAGGGUCUUCCUGCUGCAGGCGCCGAGCGCUGAGCAGAUGCAGUCGUGGAUCACCAGGAUCAACGCCGUGGCGGCCAUGUUCUCUGCUCCUCCGUUCCCGGCCGCCAUCGGCUCCCAGAAACGCUUCAGCCGCCCGCUGCUGCCGGGGUCCAACACCAAGCUGACCCAGGAUGAGCAGCUCCAGGCCCAUGAGAACCGGUUCCGGGCGGUUUCCUCGGAGCUGACGGAGCUCGCCGCCGCCACGCCCGACCGCAGGGUCAAAGGUCGUGAGCUGGAGGAACAGAAGCUGCGGAGGGAAUACCUGGAGUUCGAGAAGACGCGGUACGGGACGUACGCCAUGCUGCUGCGGGCCAAGAUGGCGGACGGCGGCGCCGACCUGGCCGCCUUCGAGGCGCGGCUCUGCGGCGACACCGGCCUGCAGAGGGCGCACUCCAGCCCCUCGCUGCCCCAAGAUGCCCAGGACAAGAGCCGCGGCGCCAAGACGUCCCGCAGCCUGAAGGCCACGCCCUCCUCGUCCUCAUCCUCGGUGACGAAGAGUGGCGCCAAGGAGGGGGCGGGGCCAAAGAACGGCCACAGGACGGAGCUUCAGAAGCAGAGCAGCAAGCAGGAGGAGACGGCGUAACGUUCAGGCGCCGUCGGACAAAACGCUGAGGAACUUUGCUCCCAGCGAGACGUUCAAGAACGGUGGGAAAACAGACGCUCAUCCAGGAAGCACUUCCAGCCGCUGGCCUUUCACAGUAAAAGCUUUAUUUCAGGGCAGCGAACUGAGAGUGGCGCGUUCAAGAUCACCAACGCAUCAGAGGAAAUUAUAGUUGCAUCGUCUCAGAUGGAACUUGAGAGGAAACAACCGACCAGAACCAGAACUUUCCUGUCUCCUUCCUUCAGGUUCUGCUGGAGACAAACAAGAAGUACGGAGAACCAUUAGGGACAAAAAAACUGAUCCCCAUUUUAACCUGCAGAUCAGUCCAACUGAUGCAGAACCUCCAGUUCCGGUCUGGAUUCUGGACCCGGCUCAGAGUAAAAAUGUUCCAGAUGUGAAAUUCAUUCACAGAAUUUUAAUUGGAUCCUGAAUUCAACCAAAGAUCCUCUGUGCUGGAAGAUGUCUCACUUCUGUUUUUAUUUGACCAGAUUCUGUGUGUGUGUGUGUGUGUGUGUGUGUGUGGUGUGUGUGUGUGUGUGUGUGUUUGUUCGUUCAUUGUCCAGGCUGUGGUUCUCUGAUGCUGCCACUGGGGGGCGACAGUCAGUCGUACUGGAUCAGAACCAGAACCAACGUUUGAUGUUUUAGGCCGAAGAAUCAGGAAAGCUCACAGAACUGAUCAUCAGUAUCAGUAUGAAAGUUUUCUGGUUCUGAUCCGCCUCCAACUGGCAGCACAGGGAACUGGAUCAGAACCAAACUCUUCAAGAGUCAGGUUCUUUUCUUUGACCCAUCAGAACCAAACUGGGUUCUGUUCAGAUUCAGACUGGAUCAGAACCAGUAAGUGUCGAGACCAACCCGUCCUCUUCCUCAGGCUGCAGUUGAAGACCAAGACCGGUUCUGGUCGGUCCAGAGCGAACGGAGUCACUGCAGUACCAGAACUCUGCAAUUUCUGGUUCUGUGUAAAUAAGUCGGACCGGAUCCGACCGGACGUCAGAAAUUUGUUGUAAAUAAAGUUGGACCUUCAGAACCAGAAGAAGCCAUACAGCCGCACUUUGCUUUGAGUCAGAACCAGGUCGAAUCGGACCGGAACCGGCCUGUGUUGUACAGAUGUACCUUUCCGUCUCGAACCAUUGAGCAAAAUAAAAACAUGGACCGGAACCGAACAUCUGGGUCGGGUUUUUAUUCCAGUCAGUUCUGUUCAGACAGGUCCAAAUGGACCAGAAGUUCCUGUUCAGUGAGGUCCAGUAGGACGAAAUAGAUUUUCCUUCAAUUUAGACAAAUUUAAUUUGAAAAUAAAAAAUUCUUAAUUUCA